AUGAGUUUUAGAGAGUGCAAUGUAGAAAACAAGAAUCUGUGUCUUCAAACCCCAACUAAUUUUAUUGAGUGGCUCAAACCAUCUUCUUCUCUAACAAGUUCAAUAUCUCCACCUCCUUCUUCCUUGGCUCAGCAUGAUCAACUUAUCCAUGAAACGAUCCAGUUUUUUCCCUUCGAAGAAGACCAUGGAGUGCAAAAGGAUGGUUUAGAAGUGAAAGAAGAGAAGGUGGAACAGGUGACUGUGGCUUUGCACAUUGGAUUACCUAACACUGGAGUCCCUGACCCUGAUCAUGAUGAUCAUGGUGAGAAAAAGGUUUUCCAUGUAAAGGACGAAGAACCCUUGAAGAAAAGCUUCCAAGGUUGUUCUUUUAACCAGGAGAGAAGAUUUUGGAUACCAACUCCUGCUCAGAUCCUUGUUGGACCGAUGCAGUUUGCUUGCUCCAUAUGCAGCAAAACCUUCAACAGAUAUAACAAUAUGCAGAUGCAUAUGUGGGGGCACGGAUCCGAAUUUAGGAAAGGACCAGACUCACUUAAAGGAACACAACCAGCUGCAAUGCUAAGGCUACCAUGUUACUGUUGUGCCCAAGGUUGCAAGAACAACAUCAAUCAUCCGAGAGCUAAGCCCUUGAAGGACUUCAGAACUCUCCAAACCCACUACAAAAGAAAGCAUGGUGCAAAACCAUUUAUGUGCCGAAAGUGUUCAAAAUCCUUUGCAGUUAAAGGGGAUUGGAGGACUCAUGAGAAGAACUGUGGAAAGUUGUGGUAUUGCACUUGUGGUUCAGAUUUUAAGCACAAAAGGUCCCUCAAAGAUCAUAUUAGAUCCUUUGGAAAAGGCCACUCCCCACAUCCUUCUCUUGAAGGCUUCGUUGAGGACGAGAAGGAAUGCUUUACUGGAUCUGAUGAAGAUGAAUUUGCUCAUACAUGA